CUGUUCUUCAUUUUUACAGGAAACCCCAAGAUUCAAGAUGGAGGAGGGAUACGAACUGGAUCUGACGUAUAUCACAGAGCGCAUCAUCGCGGUGUCCUUCCCGCGGGGUUGCUCAGGGGAGAUCUACUCGCACAACCUCAAGGAUGUCACACGAAUGCUGAAGUCCAAGCAUGCGGAUAAUUACCUGAUUAUCAACUUGUCAGAGAAAAGACAUGACCUGUCUAAAAUGAACCCAAAGACGCUGGACACAGGUUGGCCGGAUUUGCAUGCUCCACCUCUGGAUAAGAUCUGCACCAUCUGUAAAGCCAUGGAGAGCUGGCUCAAUGCUGACCCUCUCCAUGUGGUGGUUAUACACUGCAGGGGCGGCAAGGGUCGCAUCGGUGUUGUCAUUUCAUCCUUCGUUCAUUUCACCGACGUAUCAGCCAGUGCUGAUCAGGCGUUGGACCGCUUUGCAAUGAGGAAAUACUAUGAUGAUAAGGUCUCAGCUCUGAUGACACCUUCACAGAAACGGUACGUUUGGAUCCUCAACAGUCUCUUAAGUGGAUCCAUGAAGAUCAACGCCUCUCCCUUGUUCAUGCACUGCAUCAUCCUUCAUGGCAUACCAAACUUUGAUGCCACUGGAGUUUGUCGUCCCUACAUCAAGGUCUACCAGGGGAUGCAGGCAGUGUAUUCUUCUGGUAUCUAUCACAUUGGUCUGACCCACAGGGACCGUGUAUGCAUCACCCUGGAGCCUGCCCAGCUUCUCAAAGGAGACAUCAUGAUUAAAUGCUAUCACAAGAGUGACAUCACUUCCGAGCGUGAAGUCAUUUUCCGCCUGCAGUUCCACACGGGAGCAGUGCAGGGCUACAACCUGAUGUUUGAAAAAGAGGACAUGGAGACUGCCAACAAAGAUCCCAGAUUUCCAGAUUACGGCAAAGUGGAGCUGGUGUUCUCCGAGGGACCAGAGAAGAUCCCAGGUGCUGACAGGUGGCAAAAUGGAGCAGAUGUUAUUGUGGACUACAACACAGCGGAUCCACUAAUCCGCUGGGACUCCUACCAGAACAUCUGUGAUGGUGAAGCGCCCCGCUCUCAAGGCCUAACCCAGGACAAAGCCGCUAACAAGAGGAUCCCGAGCCACGGGGAAGGAGGAGGAGGAGGAGGAGGAGUAGGAGGAGAGGCCACGCUUGGCCGGGGGGCUCGCACCACCUCUGCCACCUCCAGCCCUGACCACAGCGACCACGCCCUCUCCGUCAGCAGUGACUCCGGACUAUCAAGCACUUCUCUAUGGGCAGACAGACCCACGCCUGUCACCACCACCACCACCACCUCCACCACCACUAUCAAGCCUAAAGAAGGCCCCAGCUCACAGGAGAAAGUCCAGCUGAAGCGGCUUUUAAGCAAAUUUGGUCUUGAGGACCCCUUGGAGGUGAUGGAUGAUCAAGGCCCUAGGUCGGCCGUCCAGCAGGUAGUCCCAGCGCAGGUGCACAUAAACGGAGACUCCAGGCCUCGCGAGAGGGAAACCGACAUCCUGGAUGAUGAGGUCAUCACGGCUCAUGAUCUGCACAGUGUGGACAGCUUAGGGACUCUGUCGUCCUCCUGCCACAAGAGCAGCCAGAACUCUCUGCUGUCCGAUGGUUUUGGGAGUCCGGGGGGGGAAGAGCAGCAAAACCAAAGCCUGCACCACAUCCACCAGCCUGUGCCCCCUCCCAUGGAGGAGUACGAGAGAGCCUACGCUGAGGCUAAAAGGGGGUGCCUGACCUCUAGGAGUAACUCUGUGGCCUCCUCUAAUCCCAGCAGUGCUCCUGUGCCCAAAAAGCAUGUGUACAGGCAGGGGAGCUAUUCCACACAGUCCUGGGUUCGCCAGCAGCAGAUGGUUGCCGCGGAACAGUUUAUCUACAUGCCCGAUGAGGGAAACGGUACAGAAAGAUACUCAGGGAACAAGCAAGGGAGCAGUCCACCCAAACCCGGCCUGCCCGCUGAACUACACAGCCUCACAAGAGUUGGUACGACGGAUUCUCAGAGAAACACAGCGCCCCACCAAGAGCAGGCGACGAUGAACAAUAACAACAACAACAAACGCGACGAGGAGUUCAAGUCGCUAACGAUGGACAUCGACAACUCCAUCGACCAGCUCAACCAGCUGAUCAUGGAUCUGGAUCCAACAUUCAUGCCGGUGAAGAGCCGAAGCAGCCCCAUGAAGAAGAACGGCGGGACGAUAGUGAACGGCUCAAAUGGCAUCGACGUCAGAUUCAGCGAUAGUAACGCAGCAACGUUGAAAAACACACAACAGACAGCUGUCCAGUCCAGCGAGGGCCAGGUGGGUGUCACAAGGAGUCUCAGUCGCCAAGGAAGUGAUGUCACGGACCAUCCAGGCUUCUGUAAUUCGGGGUGGGGUGUUACAGAGGAGUACAGAAGCCAGCGGACGUACUCCCCGUGUGUACCACAGACUCAGCAUCACAUGCUGUACAGGAGUGACAGUGCAGACUACAGGGCCCAGGGACCAGACAUGGACACUGGGAUCGAGGCAGGCAGUGACAUGACUCCCCCCACCCCAGCCUUCCCUAUCUCUCCUCCAACACCUUAUGUGAAAAAUAUUUCUGAAUUCACCCUGCUCAGGCAAACACCAUCACCCAGCAUGCAGUCCUACGGAGGAUACAGAACAGACCACGAACCCAGGGGAUAUCCAGAGAUGGUCAGUCAUGUUGGUGUUGAGGCUUUACCAGACUCCUCCAUCAAUUGUCACAGGAUGCUCAGUACUACACACUCUGCUUCUAUUGUUGGGACCCUUCAGCAGACAGACAGUUCAACAGUGAACCCAUCUUGGCCGGAGCAUCCUCUCCUUAGUCGCCACUCAUCUCUUAGCAGCUACUCCUCUGCCAGACAGCAAAUGCAGCACUCCAUGUCACUGGACUAUGGCCACCACUCUCCUACCCUGUCCCACCCCCACAUCCACCCUGCCCCUAACGCCCACAGCUCUCCCCGAAGCAGCCAGAGAAGCUGUAUGGGUCGCUACGCCCUCAGCCGCAGUCCUGCUCAAAGCUUUGACGAGCAGGAUGACUCAGGGCUCGGCUAUGGCACGGACUGUCCAAACUCCACCUCCGCUCUGCUGGGAAAUGGAGGCAUGGACAGGGAACCUCUGCCUCAGCUGCCUCAAAUGCUGCCACCACUUCUGCCAGAGAAGAAGAGGGCGUCAGAUGGAGAGCAUUCGCUGGGAACAGCAUCUCCAUCCCUCAGUGGAUUCUCGAGUCCCCACAGUGGAAGCUCCCUCAGCAUUCCUUUCCCCAAUGUGUUGCCUGACCUCUCGGCUCAGAUACCGGGCACAGCCUCACCUCUGCCAGAUGUACUGGCUGUCAAGCAGGUUACUGUAAAGUUUGUGCAGGACACAUCUAAAUUCUGGUACAAGCCAGACAUCUCAAGGGACCAAGCCAUUUCAGUCUUAAAGGACAAGGAGCCUGGCUGCUUCAUCGUGCGGGACAGUCAUUCCUUCAGAGGGGCCUAUGGACUGGCAAUGAAGGUGGCUACUCCUCCACCCUCAGUUUUCCAGCAGACCAAGAAAGGAGGCGAUCUAUCUAAUGAAUUGGUUCGCCACUUCCUGAUUGAGUGUACACAGAAAGGAGUGCGCUUGAAGGGUUGCCCCAAUGAACCCUAUUUUGGAAGCUUAACGGCGCUGGUCUGCCAACAUUCAAUUACUCCCUUGGCCCUGCCCUGCAAACUUAUCAUACCUGACAGAGAUCCCCUUGAAGAUGUUGUGGAGACUACCUCACAAUCAGUCACCAACUCUGCUGCUGAGCUGUUAAAACAGGGUGCAGCCUGCAACGUGUGGUAUCUGUGCUCGGUGGAGAUGGAGUCACUAACAGGCGUCCAGGCCGUGCAGAAAGCAACCAGCAUGACUCUGAACGCCGAUCCCUCACCAACCUCCACUGUAGUCCACUUCAAGGUGUCGUCCCAGGGAAUCACCCUCACAGACAACCAGAGGAAGCUCUUCUUCAGGAGGCAUUACAAUGUCAGCACAGUCAUAUUUUGUGCAUUGGACCCUCAGGAGAGAAAGUGGAAAAAAGAUGGUUACCCUUCAGCUAAGAUCUUUGGCUUUGUGGCGAGGAAAACUGGUACUUCCAUGGACAACGUAUGUCACCUGUUUGCAGAGCAUGACCCUGAACAGCCGGCGAGCGCCAUUGUCAACUUUGUUUCCAAGGUGAUGAUUGGCUCGCAGAAGAGUAAGUAGGGCUGCCUUCUACUGGGCUGAUCAUCUGAAAGAACUUUCACUGAGGGAAGAAACUGCAAAAAAGGACUUAAAGGCCAAAGGACAAAAUGUUCAGGACUGAAGAUGGGGAUGACCUGGACAUUAACCCUGGAUGUUUCUGGACAUUACAUGCAUAAUGAUUAAUUACCAGCAGCAGGAAGCAGGAUAUCUAAUGACAUCUUACAAUAGAAACA